GCACCCCCCCUUGUUUUCUCAGCACUGGGCAGUUUCACUUUCGCUUCUCACAUUUUUUAACUCACCCCGGAGAGCGAAUUACUUUUGUAAAUAGGCUAUACAACGCCAGCGACAGGUACGUAAUAUAAUAUACCUAAACGUGUAAAAACUAUAAUAUCUGCUACAUAGUGUAGACUGCUUUUCCUUUAAAAAAAAAUGCUGACGGUUUCGUGUUACGUCGAGAGGGCUAAAACGUGCUUGUUACUUUGGAAUUGUUGCUAACAACAACAAUCACUCAACAACAAACAUUUUAAUCAUAAUGUAUCAAGUAUGUGAUUAAUGACGUCUGGACAGCGAUGUCCAAAAGCGUAUUAUGUUUCAUUAUGGACUUUGUGGGAAUGGUUAUUGAAGUCAAUGGGAUUCCAGACUACCCAAGCAGUAAAAGCAGCAGUAUGAUUGAUAAACUGACCAUGCACUUUCUGAGGCGCAGUAACAACGGGCAAGAUGUUUUAACAGUGAUUUAUCCCACUUCCAUCAAAGGCCAGGCGUAUGUAGUCUUUGAAUCAUCUGAAGUGCCUGGAGUGUUGCAACACACUCAUGUUUUGGAAGUGGAUGGUCAGUUUUACCUACUGGAGGUUAAAAGGGGAUAUCUUCGUCAGUUGGACAUGCAAGCCGAAGCAUGGCUCGAUGUAAGUAUGUUCUCCAGACAGAAAGAGAUCAGUGAUCUUCUGCAUGGUUAUGGCUUUAGAGUGUCAGAAACCACUUCAGGUCAGCUGCAUUUGCAGGGUUCCUUUCUUACACUAAAAGUCUUACGGCCCAAACUCAUGGAACUUCAGGCUCAAGAAAGUCACAUUCGAAGAAGGACUUCUUCACCUUACACUAACAGUUACUCCAAUGGCUCUGCCUCCAAUUAUGGCCUCAGUGACCUGGAAUACUUAAAUGAUUCCACACCGAGGCGCAGACCCAUCAAUGGCAGAUCAGUGCAUGCUGGGGCCAGGAGCCCAUCGACAGGAACAACCUCAGGAUCUCCUGAAUUCUAUAAAAAUCUGCCACUGUCCCGGACUGACUCGCCUGCGGAAGGAAGCUAUAGUACACAAGAUUCCUUUAGCUUUCUUAAAACCAAGAACCCUUCAUCUGCCAGGCAUACCGAAAUGUCCUUUCCCGUUGAAGCAGAUGUGUUUAGAUAUAUUAUGAGUUUUAAGAAAGAUGUUAUUAAGAAAAUUGAAUCAGAGCACAGAACUCAAAUUAAGCAUGAAGGUGAUUCUGAGCAUCUUAUUACAGUAAAACUCUCGGGAGGAGCCUGCGAGGAAGCAGCUAAAGAACUGUCCUCCUUCAUGCAGGAGAUGGCUUCAUCUCUACGCACACAGGAAAUAGACCUGAACAAGCUUGAAAGCAGGCAGAAGAAACAAAUUUCCCAGAACGUAUGCACGUUCCAACAGAGAUACACAGUUUUGAUUACGCAAAACGCUAACAUUCUUCAAAUUGUGGGGACGUCAAGUGACAGCUAUCAAGCGAUGGAAAACAUUCUUAGACUGAAAAGUGACAUUCCUUUCCUAACCAGUUUGCAUAAGAGUGUAAAGAGACAAAGCAGCUCUUUACCAAGGAUGAGAAGAGAGGACGUAGACAUAAGGCAAAGUCCUGACACCGUGCUUCAAGCUACUGCUGACAUUGGCUACUCUGCCUCACGUUACCGGACGGACUCUAAUUCUCAACAAGCUGCACCAAAGGAGAGAGGCCGUCAGCUUAUUAAAUCCUCUGUGCAACAGAGAGUGCAGAGUGCUGAACCCCGACAUAAAAACAAAAACAAAGAGGACAAUGCCCUGCCACCUUUAGAUCAACAGGAUUUGUCACCCUCUAGUGGAGCUGGGACAUCUAAAAAAGGGCAGAGUCCUAACAUCUUGAAAACCCUUUUUCCUAAUACAUCCCUUAAAAAAUUUACCAAGAGAAAAACAAAUAAAUAUGACUGAAUGUUAAAUCAAUCGAUCAGUCUCCUUUACAGCACUGUUUAUUUGGUCAUAAGUUGUUUAGAACAGUAUUUGACUGUAAUCAUUAUGUAAGACAGCUGAGAUACUGAUGAUUAUAUUUUCUUAAUCUUAUAUCCAAAUCUACAAUCAUAUUGAAUUACUACACUUUAAAAAUCCACUUAUUUCAACUUAAAAACUGAAGUUCAAAAACUUAAAUCAGAUUGGCUUUACAAGUUUACUUGAAUUUAGAUUAUAUUAGACCGACUUCUAGUUGAAAUAGUUGCAUUAUAACUUAAAAUUGUAGUUUAACCAACCAGUCAGUUUAAUGUAAUUUAUGCAAUUUUUUGAUUUAACAAACAUCUAAAGCAGCUUUUGAACUCAAGUUUUUAAGUUGAAUGUUUUACAUUGUAGCCUAUAGACAAAUAAGAAAGGAAAUCAAUAUAUAUGUUUGAAUUGUUUUCAUAAUCUCCAUGUUUUUGCUAUUUGUACUUGUCUAAUAUCCAGAUUUGAACCGUAUGUUCAGUCUUUUUCUUCAUUCUUGAUUCAAGACUUAUUACCAUGGAGAUAGGACUCAAUGAGGAAGUGCCUUUUUCUGUAUUCUACAGGAAGUAAGGCAGGGCCUGUGGUUAACUUAGAUCUCAACGCCUCCCUGUCAGAAACAAGAACUGAGGCUGUAACAAUGAAACGUUGGAAUGCAUUGAUAAUACACAAAUAAUUGCAUGCAACAAAACUAUCAAAUAAGUGCUAUUGUUUUGACAAAGUGAUCAGCGUUUUAAAAUGUCUCAAUGAUAGUAUUUUUUAGUUCACUUAGAUAUUUUAUGCACAAAAAUACCCUUUUGUUUCAUGUUUCAUCACGUCAUUGGUGUCUUGUUUUUAAGAGUGUUAUUGAAUGUCCAGAGUAUUUGUUUUGAUUCAUCUUUUUUAAACAUUUUAUUUAAAUGUUAUUGUGUUAAUGUAAUUUUUAGUCUUUGAUUUCAGUGUUUUUAAUCAAAUGGCACUUAAUUGCUCAGCAUAAAUCUUGGGAUAGUUUCCUGUUUUGAAUGACACACUAAUGGCAACAGUUAUGUGAAUGUAGACCUCCCACUCGAUUAUCUUCAGUAUUUAAAUAUUAAUAUACUAAUAUACUGUAGACUAAUAGACCAAUUGUAUAGUAAUUUACUGUCAUUUUAAAUUGUAUUGUCACUGCACAUUUAUCAUCAACCCUUUGUUUGGAUAAAAAUGUCUGUUAAAUCUGUAAAUUGUACCAAUCAUGAUCCAUACUUUCUCUACACUGCUUGUUCCAAUUGGGAUAAAGGCAAAUGCUCCAUCCCGCAGCAUCUCAGGCUGAGGCAGAGCUGCACCCUGGUCAGUCAAUGAUAAUAUUAUGCUAAUAGUGACUUAAAUUUCUCUGUUUUUCACACAAAGCCAUAUGUGCAUGCAGAAAUCAUUGACUAUAGGCCAAGAAAAGCUGUGGACUUGUUUUAUGACCUAUUUCUGGGGCCUUUUGGAGGGCGAUAACAUCAUUGUCCAUUUUUAGCAGCAGUAUGCUGUUUGUCAGAAAUUCUACACUUUUGAUUUACUAUCGAAGUUCAUUCUCUGAUUUAUUAAACUGUAAUGACAGAAACUCAAUACCAAUAAACCAGUGAAGGUGU